AUGGGUUCCAUCGAAACCACUAGUGUCGAGGAGCUAGACGCCCUCAUCAUUGGAGCUGGCUUCAGCGGUGUAUAUCAGCUGAAGAAGCUUCGUGACGAAGGCUACAAUGUGAAGAUGGUAGAGGCUGGCAAUGGCUACGGCGGCAUAUGGUACUGGAAUCGGUACCCAGGCGCUCGCGUCGACAGCCACGCACCCCACUACCAGUUCUCCGACCCUGAGCUCUGGCAGAACUGGCACUGGAAACAACGAUUCCCUGGCCACGCGGAAUUACGGGCAUACUUCGAAUUUGUGGCUGAGAAGUGGGACUUGAGAAAGGACACCUACUUCAACACUUACAUUAGUUCAGCUACCUGGGACGAGACCGAGUAUAAGUGGAUAAUUCAGGCUAAGGAUGGUCGGACUUUUAAGACAACAUUCUUCCUACCACAUACUGGGAUCGCUGCCAGUAGGGCAAUCCCUAACUGGAAGGGAAUUUCCUCGUUCAAGGGCAUGAUUGUUCAUUCGUCAUACUGGCCUCACGAUGAGCCGGAUCUCAGGGGCAAGAGGAUUGCCGUCGUAGGGACCGGCUCAACUGGCGUUCAGCUGUCUCAUGCUCUGAGCGAGGUUGCAGGCGACCUAGUCGUCUUCCAACGCACACCCGCCAUGCCACUGAACAUGAAGCAGAUCGACUAUGCCGACGGCGAAGAAGCCAUUCCCAAGUCGGAACUUGCCGAAUUCUUCAAGAAGAGUGCCAGUGGCUAUUGGGGCUUCGAUUUCAACCUCAUGGCAAAGAACACUUUUGACGACGAUGAAGCUUCACGACGAGCCAUGUAUGAGUCUCUCUGGAAAGAAGGCGAUUUCAAAUACUGGCUCGGCACCUAUGCAGACAUGCUCUUCAGCACUGAGGCCAACCAUGAGGCAUACAAGUUCUGGCGCGAGAAGACGCGGGCUAGGAUUAACGAUCCGAAACUCCAGGAGCUUUUGGCCCCUACAGAGCAGCCCUACCCCUUCGGAUGCAAGCGUGUCCCACUUGAAAGAGGUUAUUUCGAGAUGUUCAACAAACCGAAUGUCCAUCUUGUCGACGUCAACCAUACCCCUGUGGUUGAGGUAACGGAGAAGGGUAUCCGAACCACGGAACAGGAGUUGGACUUCGACGUAAUCAUUCUGGCCACAGGCUUCGACGCCGUCACGGGCGGCCUGACGACCAUCGACAUUCGCGGGAUCGGCGGCCGGAGCCUGAAGGAGAAGUUCGCGCAGCACGGUCCGACGACGUACUGCGGCAUCUGCGUCUCGGGCUUCCCGAACAUGUUCUUCUCGUACGGACCCCAGGCGCCGACGGCGUUCUGCAACGGCCCCACGUGCGCCGAGCUGCAGGGCAACUGGAUCGCCGACGUGAUGAACCGCCUCCGCCGCGCCGGCAUCAGCAGUAUCGUCGCGGACGAGGCCAGCGAGAAGGCCUGGGGCGACCACGUCGAGAGCGUGGCGUACGCUUCGCUGUUGCCCAAGGCUAAGUCUUGGUACAUGGGCGACAACAUCCCCGGGAAGCCGAGGGCGUCGCAGAUGUACUUGGGCGGCGUGCCAAACUACCACGCGAAGCUGAGGAGCUGCGCGUCGAGCGGGUACAAGGGGUUCCAUUUCGAGGGCUUGAAGGUAUGA